AUGACGUCAUUUUCCGGCGGACAAGGACGAGGAUUGCUAUUUUCUAGCUCAUUCCGAGCGCGUGACAACGAAAACGCAGGGGAAACACAGCCUAGACAACUGAACACCUCACCACCGCCUCCCUAUCUUCCCCGGGAGCGAGAAACAUGGAACCGGCCAGCCCCAGAAGCACAGUCACGAGAAGUUCAGGAGCUGCAAACGAGAAUCGCGGAGAUGCAGGAAAGAGAACAGCGGACGCGUGAAGAAAACUAUCGAAUGCGAGACGACCUGGAGCGGCUAAUCCGGCGAGAUCGACCAGCACCGGAACGAGCGGACGAUCGCCGAAUACAGAAGACGGUGCACAACUGGCCUUUCAAAUUUCGCGGCGAGAAGGACACAACAUCACUCAACGUGUUCCUAGAUCGCGUGGAGACAUUCGCGAGGUCGGAAGGCAUUAGCGAUGCCACACUCCUGAGUUCGAUCAAGCAUUUACUCCAAGAGGACGCAAUCGACUGGUACUCGCGAGCAACAUCGCAAAACCUGUUGCGGACCUGGGACCAGUUCAAGCGGGAGAUCAGAAGAGAAUUCCUGCCCAGCGGAUACUCCCAAAUUCCAGCUUUCGAUUUCAAGGAAGGGAGGAAUCCUUUGCGAAACGACGAAAAGUUCUUCCUGGUGAAGAAGAACAUGAACGAGAACUACGCAGCCAUCGUCACAGCAGCGAGGCCUCGUUCACUGGAAGAGAUGGUGGAAGUCUGCAGCGGAUACGACGAGACAAGGAUGCUUCUGAACAGGCAGCGCAGGAUUCCUAUUCCGCACAGCGCGCUUCUUGAGCCGAACUUCGCCACGCCAGUAACAACCAGUAGGCCACCACCGAUACAACAUCACCAACAGCCAGAGCGGUUCAACAGAGUUCACGCCGUGGAGGUAGAAAAAGGCGCAUUCGAGCACGAAGCAGCGGAGGAAGGACCAGAAGACAAUUGGCAGCACAACAUCGACGAACUGGUGGAGCAAGUCAACGCGUUGAAGUUGAACAUUGGGCGGAGAUCUGCGAGACCAAGCUUUGCCGCACGCGACGAAAGGCAGCCAAGGCCAACGGUUAGGCACAACCGCACAGAGGCUGACGUCCUGCGAUCAGCGCGGCGGUACACAAGGGAUGCGCAAUCUCCAGCACAGCAGCAGCGGCCGCAAACCGCAUCGUACCAGACUCGGCUACUACAACAACAGCAAGAACAGCCGCUAAGAGCACAGGGCUGGCAAGCACGACAGUGGAUGCCAAGCUCGGAUCAGAGCGACAAUAACCGAAGAAGCCAACGUCUGCUGCCAGAACCAGCCAGGCAACGGGAAGAUCGCCAGAUACAACAGGAAGAAGCUCCGAACGGCCAACGAAUAGCAAUGCUUUGCUGGAACUGCGACGAGGAGGGUCACAGAUUCAUGGACUGUCCGAAGCCGCAAGCCAUCCUAUUCUGUUACCGUUGUGGGAGGAAAGGCUACUCGCUGCGCAGUUGCUUCACGUGCCGCAUGGACGCGGUAAACUACCAAGCAGAGAACCAGCAUGACAAUCGACCGCACGCCGUCAUAUCAGUGCUGGGAAAGGAGUUGACAGCUUUGCUAGACAGUGGAGCGAACUGCUCUCUGCUAGGAGGAAGAAGAGUCGAACUGGCAGAGGAAUGCGGGUUGCAGAAAGGAACCGUCAGCGGCGGAAUAAAGACAGCAGACGGCACGAGACACAGCAUCGCAAACUUCGUCUUUUCACCGAUCGUGUUUAACAACCGCAACGAAGUUCUUCCAGUGCUGUUGGUGUCUUCGAUUCCAGACUGCAUCAUCCUGGGAAUGAAUUUCUGGGACAAAUUCGGUGUAAAAGCGGUAUGUUGCACAUUCGAAGCGAAGCAGGAAGAUCAGAUCAGCGAAGAACAGGAGAUGAAGCAGCUCAGUCCGGAACAGCAGAGGCGCCUGGAGCAGGCGAUUCAGAAGUUUCCGAAAGCAGUAGAUGGAAGAUUAGGACGCACGAAGCUGUACGAGCAUCGAAUCGAUGUAGGGAAUGCACCACCCCGCAAACAACGGCAUUACCCCAUAUCGCCAUACGUUCUGCAGGAGGUCAACAGAGAGAUCGACCGGAUGAUUGCGCUGGACGUCAUCGAGGAGGCGCAGUUCUCGCCAUGGAACAACCCGCUGGUCGCCAUCAAGAAGAAGACUGGGCAGUAUCGCGUCUGCUUGGACGCGCGUCACCUCAACUCCGUUAUGGUGAACGAGGGAUAUCCGAUUCCCCAGAUAGCAGCGAUCACCAACAACCUCCGAAGUAGCAAAUACAUCUCUUCGAUCGAUCUCAAGGAUGCCAUCUGGCAGUUACCACUCCAUCCAGGUUCGAGACAACUGACAGCCUUCACCGUUCCAUCCAGAGGCCACUUCCAAUUCAAUGUGGUGCCUUUCGAGCUGUGUACAGCAAGCCAAGCCCUAGCGCGACUUAUGACCCACCUAUUCGCCGAUCUAGAACCGCUGGUAUUCCAUUACCUGGACGACAUCAUCAUAUGUUCCGAAACAUUCGAAGAGCAUAUCGCUCUGCUCGAAGAAGUAGCCCGCCGGCUACGCCAAGCGAAUCUCACGAUUUCAUCGGAGAAGUCCAAGUUCUGCCGGAAAAACGAAGAGAAGAUCCAGGCGAUUGAACAGUUCCCGACUCCAACAACACGCAAAGAAGUGCAGCGAUUUCUCGGUGUUUGCAACUGGUACCGACGCUUCAUCGCCGGUUUCUCGCAGCUAGCAGCUCCACUAACAAACUUGACGUCAGGCAAGACCAAGUUCCGUUGGAAUCCGAUAGCUGAAGAAGCGUUCCUCAAGCUAAAAGCAGCUCUGGUUUCGGCACCGGUACUGGCGAUGCCGGACUACAGCAAACCGUUCGCCAUAGCGUGCGAUGCCAGCGACACAGCAAUCGGAGCAGUGCUAACGCAGGAGAUCAACGGCGAGGAACAUCCCAUCAGCUACUUCUCGCAGAAGUUGUCAGCGUCGGAGAGGAAGUACUCGGUCACGGAGCGGGAGUGCCUCGCAGUGAUCCGAGCGAUCGAGAAGUUUAGAGGCUACGUGGAAGGAAUCCGGUUCGUUGUCCACUGUGACCAUGCAGCACUCAGCUACCUGAAGUCGAUGAAGAACCCGACGGCUUUGAUGAGCCGGUGGCUGUUGCGUCUGAACGCGUUUGAUUUCGAGAUCCGGUACAGGAAGGGUUUCAUCAACGUUGUUCCAGAUGCUCUCUCGAGAACGGUGGCAGAAGCAGUCUUCACGGUAGACCAAGUCCUGGAUCCGUGGUACAGGAAGCUGGUGGACAGAGUAAAGAGCGAAGGAGAUAAAUUCCCGGACUUCCGCAUAGCAAACGACACGCUAUUCAAGAACUGCCGUUGCAAGGACGAAGUGGGAGCAGUUUACCACAAGUGGAAGCAAGUCGUUCCGAAAGAAGAGAGGUUCCAGCUAAUCCGAAGAUUCCACGACGAACCGGCAGCAGCGCAUCUUGGUUUCUACAAGACCUGGCACAAGCUACAAGCCCACUACUACUGGCCACAGAUGCAACAGGAGAUUCACGAUUACGUUAUGAACUGUGCGACCUGCAAAGCGUGCAAGGCACCGGGGAAAAGAAUGAUGCCGCAAAUGGGAAACCCGAAGCCGGCGAAAACUCCUUGGGAGAUGAUAUCGGUAGACUUUGUCGGUCCGCUCACACGUUCCAAGCGAGGAAACACAGUGCUGUUGGUAGUAGUCGACUGGGUCAGCAAAUACGUAAUUGUCAAGCCGAUGCGCGCAGCAGAUUCGCAGAAGAUGGUGGAGUUCCUGGAAGAAGAAGUUUGCCUGAAGUUCUCUCGGUCACGGCUGAUACUAUCCGAUAACGGGAAGCAGUUCGAAUCGAUGGUGUUCAAGUCCUGGCUAGCGAAACACAAGAUCGGCCACAUGAAGACAGUGUUCUACUGUCCGCAGGUCAAUAACGCCGAACGCGUCAACCGCGUCGUAGUAACCUGCAUCCGGGCAUUGUUGGACGGCGGUCAUAGAGAGUGGGACGAAAAGCUACCGGCGAUCACGGCGGCUAUAAACGCUGCUCGGCACGAAGCGACGGGCGUCAGUCCACACGAAGCCAACUUUGGACGAAACCUGUUGUUGCACACGGAUCUGUACACGCAGCAGGAGCUCAACACACCAGAAGACCCGAAGGUAGCGCAGGACCUACGACUCUCGGCGAUUCGUCGAAUCCAGAAGCUAAUCAUCGAGCGGAUCAAGAACAGCCACCAACGGGCGAAGCAGCGAUACAAUCUUCGCACAAGAUCAGUAGCGUUCAAAGUCGGAGACUUGGUUUGGCGGCGGUCGUUCAUACUCUCCUCGAAGGCGGACCAAAUCAACAGCAAGCUUGAGCCGAAAUUCGUUUCGGCCAUCGUCAAGGAGAUCAUCGGGACGAACCUGUACGUGCUAGAGGAUGUUCUGAGUGGCAAGAAGGGAAGGUUCCACGCGAAGGACAUCAAGGCGGACUAA